UUUGUCCUGGCCAAUCUCCCUUAGUGGCUCACGACCAUCUUUUGAUUGGUAGAAGAAAAACCUCACAGCUGCAAUCACGGUCACUGCCGUUUGUGGCUAGCGGCCACUGCCCUCCUGGCUGAAGAAGGAGAAAAUAUCCCUGGCCAAUCGCCCUGUGUGGCUUGUGGCCACUGCGUAGUGGUGGAAGAAGAAGAAGAAAAUAUCUUCGUGAUCCCCGUGCGAGAGAACAGUCACUGCGAGUACCAUGGCUGAAAGCCAUCGUACUGCUGUUUCCAAGAUCAGCAAGAAGUCAAAGUCAUCCACGAAGAUUGAUGGAAAGCACGCCAAAAAGGCACGCCAUGAGGGCACGCACAAUCCUGUCGCAUCAGCCCAUUCAAGCGAGGCGUCACCCAGGUCGCCGAACAGCGGUGGUCCCAGCCAAGGCGUCGACGACGUACACCCUGGUGCUUCAGGAGGCGCAAAAUUUCUGAAGCCGGGAGAUGAACUGAAGUCAGCAAGGGGAAAGACGUCCAAGUUCCCAACGAUUCGAGCCAUACUUGGAAUAGCCAUCGUGGCGACGUUCCUUGCCGCUGUCAUCCUGGUCCUAUGGCAAUUCAAAAGCAGUGAUGAGAUUCACAGCAGUGUCAACACUGAAUGUCGCAGUGCCAUGUGUCGUAGCAUCAUCAAAAAUAUCACUGAGCUCCUAGACAAGUCCAUCGAGCCAUGCAACGAUUUCUAUGGAUAUGUGUGCAAUAAGUGGUGGAAUUCGACGGGGAUGAACAAUUUCAUGCAGGCGGGACAGCGUGUUUUGGAGCGGACGACAUUCACUGCGUUGGAAUCAGCCUCGCGUGGAAAACCCAACCGCUACGGCAUGCAUCUCCUCGGUGGACUCUACACCACCUGCAUGACAUUCCUCACGAAUGAAAAGAGUUCCUUAGACGCCAUCGUGAAGGACGCUAACAAGUACGUCAACAUCUCCGCCUUCUUCAAAAUACAGAAUUUCACUCAUCUAGUCUUAGAGCUUGGGAGGGUGUCCCUUAUGCUUGGCAUUCACACGACGUUCGCCCUCAACAUGCGCAAAAUUGGGAAUGUCACGUACUUUAACGUCGAGAGCUACAAAUCCAUGGUGCACAAAGCGGCUACCGUACAAGACGUGGAUGCCCAGCCGUAUCAGCAUAACGCUAAGUUCUACAUCGAAGACGCCGCACGCUCCAUAUAUACGGUUUUCAAUUUGACUAGUGAAACAGCACUGAAAAUGUAUCAAGAUGAAGUUCAAAAGUGUGAUCAGGAACUUUUCCGUAUCUUAAAUAAGAAGGCGGUGGAAGAGAAGAAAUUUCCUCUUAGCAGCAUCGUAGGUCUUUUACACACACCACCGAUUGGGGACGUCGUCAAGCUCAUCAACAGAGUCAUCCCUGGCAAACCCCUGCAACCCACCGACACCAUCCUCGUAACUAACCCCGAUAUCAUCGCACAGGCACAGACGUUAUUGGCUUCAAAGCCCCUCAAAGUCAGCGUGGCAUAUUCUCUUUUAAGCGUUCUGGAAGACGUUUCCCUUCCCUACGUGUUAAAGACCAGAGAACUAGGUUCCACGAAGCCCUUCAUAUGUGUCAAAGUUACGCAAGGUUUUCUUCGCCACACAUGGCCCUUCCUGAUGUCCAUACUAUCUGGCCUCAGCAAAAACGCUAAACCCAUCGAAACCAUGGGUCUUAACAUCAGGAAUUCGGUGAUCGCUACGAACGCUUUAGCCUGGAUGGACGAGUCUACUCGAAAAAACGCAUAUGAUGCGCUUAAAAGGUUGGUGUUCUACACAUUGGAUAGGACGCAUAUGGAAACGCUGAGCAAAGGCGUGGACUACUCCAGCUUCCAACUCCAGAAUGAUGGGUUCGUUGACCUCUACUUCCGAGCCAGAGCAUUCGAAAUGAAUCUUCUGCUCAGAGAGACAUUAAGUGAUACUGCAUCGGCCAUUGCUGGGUGGAGACUGGACACGGACAUAACGUACAUGACACAACCUCUACAUUGGAUAGUUGUACCUGUAAGAUUCCAAGGCACGCCACUCUAUUACCCGGAUCAGGAAGAACGUAUUCCUUUCUACAUAAAUUAUGCGACUCUCGGAGUACUCAUGGCCCGGGAAAUUGUGCGAGCGAUUGACCAGAAAUAUAUCGUCUGGUCUCGCACUAGCCAGACGAAAUUCGGUCAAUUUCAGGCUUGUCUGAACAAAGUUGGCAAAUCACUGGGAUUCAAGUCUCUUGAUGCGAGUUUGGCCAGGGCUUACGGGUCGCGCUUGGCUUACGAGGCGGUUCGCGCAAUGUUACAAGCCAUGGGCAAAGGCGUUUAUGAGAAAGGUUGGUCGACUGCACAGGAUUUCUUUUUUAUACGCUCUUGCAUGAUGUCCUGCAGUAAGGACGGCGGGUCAACAGAUCGACAAAAGUGCCAUUUGCCUGUCUACUCGAAUCCUGACUUUUCAAUUCACUACCGCUGUGCCAAGAAGGGUGCAAAGAUAAAAGUCGAUCCCUGCGUCGGUUCCCUUUUCAGAAUGUAAUGACUGCCCGUAGUAGCGUGAUGGACAGUGCAUGCUGAAUGUAUUCACACUUAUCCCCUGUGCAUGAUAUCGCACGUUGCUCUCAGACGCCCAUUUCGAACCCUCACAAUUCUCGCAUAUCGGCCUAUUAAAUAUGCUUCCUUU